AUGGAGUUUGUAGUAAAAACGACAGUCUUCUUCUUCAUUCUGGCUACUGUUGUGGAGCCUCUGCCUGCUUUGGGUUCUAGGAGGACAUAUCAACAGUACUCAUCACUGGAGACUGGGAUUAGUACUAGUGUUGAUGAGGAUCUUGUGACCAACUUUCCCAACCAGCCACCCGUAGACUUUAAGCACUAUGCUGGAUAUGUCACCGUGAAUGAAACAAAUGGACGAGCUCUCUUCUACUGGUUCUUUGAGGCUGCUACCACUCCUGAAGAAAAACCUCUCGUCUUGUGGCUUAAUGGAGGUCCCGGGUGCUCUUCUGUGGGAUAUGGAGCAACCCAAGAGAUUGGUCCAUUCCUAUUGGACAUUGAAACCCAGGGACUCAUAUUCAAUAACUAUUCAUGGAAUAAAGAGGCCAACGUGCUAUUCGUGGAAUCUCCGAUUGGGGUUGGCUUUUCGUAUACCAAUACAACUUCUGAUUUUGUUAAUCUAGGAGAUAACUUGACAGCUCAAGAUUCAUACGCUUUUCUGCAUAAGUGGUUUCUCAAAUUCCCAUCAUACAGAAACCGGACCUUGUAUAUUGCAGGCGAGAGUUAUGCAGGAAAAUAUAUUCCGGAACUGGCUGAGGUCAUCUUUGAUAGGAAUUCAGAUCCUACUCUCCAUAUUGAUCUCAAGGGUAUCCUGAUGGGUAAUCCUGAAACAUAUGAUGCUGAGGAUUGGAGAGGUCUAGUGGAUUAUGCUUGGAGUCAUGCUGUGGUUUCGGAUGAAACUCACAAACUAAUAAAUGACAACUGUGAUUUCUCUGGUAAUGAUACUUGGAGUAACAAAAAUUGUACACAAGGUGUGGAUGAAGUAUUAAAGCAGUACAAGGAGAUAGACAUGUACAGCCUUUACACCCCGACCUGCACUACAAAUAAUACAGCUAGUUCAAACACUGGUGGUUCGAAAAUGCAAGUCAUGACGAUGAGGCGUACUUCCACAAUGAUACCAAGGAUUAUGGGAGGCUAUGAUCCAUGUCUGGAUGGUUAUUCAAAACAAUUCUUCAACAGAGCAGAUGUGCAAAAAGCCCUCCAUGUCAGUGAUGGUCUCCAGCUCAAGAACUGGAGCAUCUGCAAUGAUCAGAUAUUUUCCAAUUGGUCAGACUCACGGCCAUCUCUUCUUCCUACAUACAAGAAACUCAUCGCAGCAGGACUAAGAAUAUGGGUGUACAGUGGAGACACGGAUGGAAGAGUACCUGUGCUGUCAACAAGAUAUAGCUUAAGUGCUCUAGGGCUGCCUAUUACAAAGACAUGGAGGCCUUGGUACCAUCAGAAGCAGGUGAGUGGUUGGUAUCAAGAAUAUGAGGGGCUUACAUAUGCAACAUUUAGAGGAGCUGGGCAUGAUGUUCCCUCCUUCAAACCAGCAGAGUCACUGGUUCUGUUCACAUCUUUUCUCCUUGGAGAAUCUCCGCCGUCGACUCGAUGA